GACCUGGGCUGCAUCUCCACCACUCUCCCCAAAGUCAUGGCCAAUUCUCUCUGGGACACCAGGGCCAUUUCCUAUGAAGGAUGUGCUGCACAGGUUUUUUCGUUCCUCUUCUUCAUAUCAGCAGAGUUUUAUCUUCUCACCAUCAUGGCCUACGACCACUACAUUGCCAUCUGCAAGCCCCUGCACUACGGGAGCCUCGUGGGCAGCAGAGCUUGUGCCCAGAUGGCAGCAGCUGCCUGGGGCAGUGGCUUUCUCAAUGCUGUCCUGCACACGGCCACUACAUUUUCCCUGCCCCUCUGCCAAGGCAAUGUUGUGGACCAAUUCUUCUGUAAAAUUCCUCAGAUCCUCAAGCUCUCCUGCACAGACUCCUAUCUCAGGGAAGUUGGAUUUCUCAUGUUCAGUGCAUUUUUGGGGUUUGGAUGUUUUGUUUUCAUUGUGCUGUCCUAUGUGCAGAUCUUCAGGGCUGUGCUGAGGAUGCCCUCUGAGCAGGGCUGGCGCAAAACCUUCUCCACAUGUCUUCCUCACCUGGCCGUAGUUUCCCUGUUUAUCAGCAUGGCCAUGUUUUCCUACCUGAAGUCCCUUUCCAUCUCCUCCCCAUCCCUCAACAUGGCAGUUGCAAUUCUGUAUUCAGCAGUUCCCCCAGCAGUGAACCCCCUCAUCUACAGUGUGAGGAUUGAAGCACUAAAGGAUGCUAUUUUGAAAGUGCCUUUAAGGACAUUUUUUAAGGAAUCAUAA